GAGCGGCGGCUGGAGCCAUUACGUAGUGCUGCCUUUGUGUGUACUGUGAGCCGUGUGACACCGCCCCUCCGGACGGUGCAGCCGCGCUGUCAGAAGCCAGCUCUCGGUUAGAUGUGCUGGCUGUAAACAACAUCUCUGCAGCACCAUGUUGUUCGGAAAACGCACGUUCGCCGCGCAGCAUUUUUCCGCCCGGUCGCCGCCGGUGCCGCGGGUCAGCAUGUAGAACGACGCUCAUCGACACGCUUUGCAGUCCGUGAACGCUACGACGGCAGCGGUUGGUUUUCCGUGGACACGCACGCGACCUGUCAUUGAUUUGGAGGGUGGCAUUACAGGUGUUUCUGUACCGCGGCCGUGACAAUGGUCGCCGGCUGAAUUGUGCUAGCUUGCUAACGGCUAACGAAUCGUGCGACUAGCGGUUAUCGCCGCGUUCUCCGAGCGGCGCGUGAACAUGGCUUCGGCCGCGGACCACGACCUGGCGCUGUCCGAAGCCGACGGCAGCAAGGAGAAGGGCCAGGUGUUUGGGAUCCUGAGGCUGCAGGAGGAGAGAUGUGGCGCCGGGGAUAAGGCUGGCAGCACGGCGAGGAGCGGAGGCGGGGGAGACGGGCGAUGGCAGGCUCCCAUCUUCGCCCUCGCCAGGAAAGCAUCCGAGACCAUUUCAGGGAGCAUUCACGUCCUGCCCAAAGUGUCGGACGACAGGGCGUCUCUGCCGGGGGACUGGACCGUCCACGCCCUGCGAGACCCCAUGGCCAUGGAGCGAGCCAACCUGCUCAACAUGGCCAAGUUGAGCAUUAAAGGGCUGAUUGAGUCUGCGCUGAGCUUCGGGCGAACUCUGGACUCGGACUACCCACCACUCCAGCAGUUCUUUGUUGUCAUGGAACACUGCCUCAAACACGGCCUCAGAGUGAAAAAGUCCUUCCUGGGCUUUAACAAGUCUCUGUGGGGGCCUCUGGAGCUGGUGGAGAAACUGUGUCCUGAAGCAGCAGAGAUCUCUGCGUCUGUUCGAGACCUGCCUGGACUAAAGACUCCUCUGGGAAGGGCCAGGGCGUGGCUGCGUCUUGCUCUGAUGCAGAAACGACUGGCAGACUAUCUGCGAUUACUCAUCACCAGGAAAGACCUGCUCAGUGAUUUCUAUGAGAACUCGGCGUUGAUGCUGGAGGAGGAGGGAGCGGUGAUCGUGGGCCUGCUGGUGGGCCUGAACGUCAUCGAUGCCAACCUGUGUGUCAAAGGCGAGGACCUGGACUCUCAGGUCGGUGUCAUCGACUUCUCCAUGUACCUGAAAAACGACAUUGAUGAUUACAGGAGUGAAGAGAGGAAUAGCCAGAUAGCAUCCAUCUUGGAUCAGAAGAACUAUGUGGAGGAACUGAACCGACAGCUCAACUCCACUGUCCAAGGGCUUCAGGGCAGAGUCGACUCUCUGGAAAAGUCCAACUCGAAGCUCAUAGAGGAGCUGGCCAUAGCCAAGAACAGCAUCAUCAAACUGCAGGAGGAGAACCAGCAGCUGAGGAGUGAAAACACCCUGAUUCUAUUGAAGGCACAACAACAUCUAGAGGUAACUCAAGGCGAUGUGUCCGUGGAGAGAGACACAUACAAACAGUCCCGCCAGGGCCUGGAUGAGAUGUACAAUGAGGCCCGGAGGCAGCUGAAGGAGGAGUGCCAGCUCCGACAGGACGUGGAGAACGAGUUAGUAGUGCAGGUGUCGAUGAAACAGGAAAUGGAACUGGCCAUGAAACUUCUGGAAAAAGACAUUCACGAAAAGCAGGACACACUGAUCGGACUGAGACAGCAGCUGGAUGAAGUCAAAGCCAUCAAUGUAGAAAUGUACCAGAAAAUGCAGUCAUCUGAUGAAGAGAUGAAAAAGAAGAACGAUGUGAUCAGUCGCCUGGAGGAGAAGACCAAUCAGAUCACCGCCACCAUGAAGCAGCUGGAGCAAAGAUUACAGGAGGCAGAGCGGCACCGCACCUCGGCCGAGGAGGGAACCAGACGCUUCAAGUUGGACUUUGCCAACAAGGCGGACAGCCUGCAGCGGCAGAUCGAACACAGAGAAAAGCAGCUCCAGCAGUUGGAUACAGACCUGAAGAUCGAGAGGGAGUGGAGUCAGACAUUACAAAGUGAUCUAGACAGACAGAGAGAAAACGUGGCUCAGCUGAGCACGGAGGCCCUGCAGAUCAACGGACUCAAAAAGGAGUUCCAUCGUCUCCAGGAUGAAAAUAUUCAGCUGAAGAUGAUCUGUGAAGACCAGGAGCGAGCUCUCGAGGAACUGGGCUCCAAACUAAGCGAAUCCAAACUCAAGAUUGAGGACAUCAAAGAAGCCAACAAAGCUCUUCAGGGUGGGCAGGUUUGGUUGAAGGACAAGGACGCCAGCCACUGUAAGCUCUGUGAGAAGGAGUUCUCCAUUUCAAGACGAAAGCACCACUGUAGAAACUGUGGAGAGAUUUUCUGCAACAGCUGCUCUGACAAUGAGCUUCCUCUGCCUGCCUCACCCAAACCAGUCAGAGUCUGUGACACCUGCCACGGCCUCCUCCUCCAGAGAUGCUCCUCCAACCCAACAUAGGUGUCAGGACGACUCCCAUCCAUCAGAGAUCACCCUCCUAACAACUUUAAGAUGUACUGAAAGUGAAACUUCACCAACUGUGACGAGCUGCAACGGCUAAAUGCAGCUCGACCAAACAUUUAGUUAGUACUAAUGUAUGCACCAAGCCUCGAACUGUAAACAGCCAAACAGGUGAGAUUAUAGAAUUUAUACAUGCAGCAGUCUAUGGCGUGCUUGUUCCUGUUGUUGAGUCGGAUGCAGCACCACAGUGUAACAACAGUGGACUUUGUACCUGCCAUGGUCAGAGGUGUUCACACCGAGGUAGCAUUAAAUUAUACAACACCGGGUCAGACAUCCUGCGUGCUGAGACACAGUUAGUUUUCAGCUGGUUGAUCUCUGCUGAAACAGGCAUCAGGCAAGUUCCCCAAAGUCUGUGUCCAAGAAACUGAAACAGUGUCAAGAAACAGCGUUUGUGCCAUUUGUGCCUGUUCAAUGCGACAAAUAAAUCACGUACUUGUGCUUCUUGUGUUGCCAAAACAAGCUCUGCAUUUUUAGAAGUAUUACAUAAUUCAAAGUAGCAACACUAGAGCAAGUAGAGACGAGCUAGUGAUUUAAGCCAGCGGUGCGAGUAGCAACAGAUGACAUCAUGGCGUUUGAUAGGUGAAUUAAAUUAAAUGAAAGACUUCCUGUCUGACUGGCUCUGGAACCACUUCUGUGACAAGUAUCAGUCAACAAAGCCACAAAGUGUUUGUAACUAUACUGCCUGUGAUAUAAAACCAUUUGAGAGUAUUUAUAUUUUAUGCAUGUUAAUAUUUCAGAGGACUAAUGCGUAGAUGAAGAACCACAUUUUACUGCUGCUCUCUUACAGAGAGGCAAUGUUUGAGACGCUAAACUAUGUUUUUUAUAUACAUAUAAAUCAACAAUGAGAUGUUUGUCUAACUAAUGCUCAUGAUGCUGAAAGUUAGUUUCCAGGGAUGGAUUAUGUGAAGUUCCUCUGCACAAUUCUUUUGUACUUAAAUGUUUACAAAAUGUGAUCCUCCCGAACAGACCUGGUGUGUUAAAGUGCUAUAAUAUUUAAACUAUUACAAGUGCAUCGUAUUGUUAAAUACUACAAGCAGAUAUUUCUGAGCUGCACCAGGGCUGAAUUGAUUUGUAGUCUUUCCUCUGUUCCAGCUUUUAUUGGGACGUGUACAGAGUUGUAUAUACAUAAUGUUCAUAAUCACUGUGGCCCCUUAGCUUCCUGAAUCCCACCAGUUUAAUAUUACUCCAUUGCCAACAGUACGUUGCCUUGGCUGUGUAGCAUUUUAUGAUUAAACCAAGCUACAAAACA